AUGAAGAUAAAUGCAGGUAAAGUUGGGAGGAAGAGAAAGAAGCCAACAGCGGGUACUUCCAGGAAGAAAACUCGACCUGUGGACCAGGCCGUGCACGCGGAAGACAUCGGCGACGAUACUGAAGCAACUGUAGCUCCAACAGCAUAUUUAUAUAUAGAGAAGAACCAGCUGAAGCUUCGUGAGACCAAGAAGAAGCACACAAUCACAGAAAGCAGCAGUGACCUGAUGAAGGAGAGAGACUCCCUCCACCAACAAGUUUGUCAAGAUGACGGUGGGACAAGUGACACUUCUGCCUCAGCCAACUCAUCGCUUGGUACAUCCUCUUCCUCUUCAUCCUCCAGUCCAUCCAGCUCCUCUUCAUCCAGUUCUUCAUCCUCCUCAACUGAUUCUUCCGAUUCAGACAAGAAAUCAAAGAAAAGAAACAAGAUGAAGAAGAAGCACCACCACAAGAAAAAAAAGCACCACCACCGGAGUCACAAGAAAAAGGACAAGAGGAAGAAAAAGAAGAAAAAGGGGCAACAUGGCAAACAGAGAGCACAUCAUCCUGCAGAGGUUAUCAAGAGAUAUCAGAAAGUUCUUAAAGCAUACAAGAAAGGAAGAAAAUUGAGUGCGGCAUAUCGAAAGGUUGGUGUGGACCGAAACGCCGUCGUCGCCGGUGCCCCAAUCUGCGAGCUGGCUGUUGUGGCCCCGGAGAAAUACAAGGAGUUGUUGGCUGCUCAUACACGGCAGCAACGACUGCACACUGACUUUGCGAAGAAAUGUCUGGAGGUGCUCAUCAAUGAUUCAGACCUUUUGAGAGAUGUUGAACUUCAAAAGAGAAAGGGGAAACUGAUUCCUCUAUCGAAGAGAGUUUAA